CCUCCUUCAGUCUUGACCACCUCUCCGCUCGGGCACACUCCGUUACAUUCUGCUAUACCAAGAAACCACACCAACCAGACGAAACUCCAAGAAGUACCCCAAGACAUGUGAUGACACCAUGCAUUCUAGGUGAGGAUCCAUCCUCCAUUGAGGCUCAUGUUAAAGUCUUGCAUAGCCAGUACCAAAAGAUGCAACCUGACACUGCCAUAGUACGAGACCGUAUGCAGCAAACCGUUGCAUGGCGCCAAAAGGAGAUUGCAGAUGGAGUGACCGUUGAAGACACUGUGAAGAAGUACCCUUUCUUAAGAACGCCGACAGGGUUGGGUGAUGAGUUGGAGCGUAUCCAUCCAGCAAUAGGAAACGUGUGGCAGCGAAGAUUUCAACUUGAUCGUACCGAAGAAAUGGAUUUAAGAGCAGCCCUUAUGUUUUUGCCCUUCAUCUUCAGAGAGAAUAUUGACUGCUUUAUUACAGUUGGAGAGUGUGAUCCUGGCACCCCAUAUCCAACUAUUCAGCUGACUGAUAAAGACUGGAAAAUGGCCUUCACCAGGAGAGCUCCAAACAUUGUCAAUGUAGAUGGCGUUGAGGUGUGUCGUGGCCUUGGAAUUGACAAAGGGGUUAUUGUCGCCUUCUGCACAUACUUUGUCUUUAAUCUUCAGUAUUCAAAACAUCUGAAGAAUACGCUGAUGUUCCUCCAAAGGUACAUUUUAAAAAUAGUUGUGGAUGGUGACCAGCCCCUGCCAUUAACAGUCAUGAGACAGAUAAAUCUUCUUUAUUAAUUCCACCAUGCCACGUCCCUACCAGUGUUCCAAAUGCUCGAGGAGAGCAUUUACUUUGAUGAAACUAAUUCAGCAUGUUGGACUAAUUCAUUCACACAAACCCAAUUUCAUUAUUACAUGUGGACUUGUGGACUGCCAGUCAACCUUUACUAAAUACGACUCAUUUAGACGUCAUGUAUAUCGUAAACACAGAGAAAGUGUUUUAUGUCAUGACAACAAGGGUGAAGAAAAUUUAACUGAUGCUGAGUUAGCUUUUGAGAAAUUUA